UCCCCGCCCCCCAGCCCUGAGGUGUUGGGUCCCGGGUGCAGGCGGCUGGGUUCUCCUGGUUCUACCCGGAUUGUGCAGGGUCGUUUUCAAAGCUUUGGGAACACGCUUUGGCCCGAUUUGAGGAGGGGGGGCGGGGAGGGGCCUGCGGCUUGCGGCCCCGCCCCCUUCUCCGGCUCUCAGGCAGGCAGAUUGGCCCGCCUCCUCCUUCGGCCGGCCCUGGGGCCGCGUCCCCCAGGCAACUCAGCUACUGAGGCCUGAGAUUCUGGCCGCAGGUGUCCGCGGCGAGGCCCCAGGGCACAGCCUAGUUCGACCCCAUGGUGGGUUUCGGGGCUAACCGGCGGGCCGGCCGCCUGCCCUCCUUCGUGUUGGUGGUGCUGCUGGUGGUGAUCGCGGUCCUCGCCUUCAACUACUGGAGUAUCUCCUCCCGCCACGUCCUGCUUCAGGAGGAGGUGGCGGAGCUGCAGGGCCAGGUCCAGCGCACCGAGGUGGCCCGUGGGCGCCUGGAGAAGCGCAAUUCGGACCUCCUGCUCUUGGUGGACUCGCACAAGAAACAGAUCGACCAGAAGGAGGCCGACUACGGCCGCCUCAGCAGCCGGCUGCAGGCCAGGGAGGGCCUGGGGAAAAGAUGCGAGGAUGACAAGAUUAAACUACAGAGCAACAUAUCAUAUCAGAUGGCAGAUAUACAUCAUUUAAAGGAGCAACUUGCUGAGCUUCGUCAGGAGUUUCUUCGACAAGAAGACCAGCUUCAGGACUAUAGGAAGAACACUACUUACCUUGUGAAGAGGUUAGAAUAUGAGAGUUUUCAGUGUGGCCAACAGAUCAAGGAGUUAAGAGCACAGCAUGAAGAAAAUAUUAAAAAGUUAGCAGACCAGUUUUUGCAGGAACAAAAGCAGGAGACAAACAAGUUUGAUUCAAAAGAUGGAAACGAGUUGGGAAUAAACAAUCAUGCAGUACCUAAAAACAUUCCAAAAGUACCUGAGAAUGCUGCAGAUAAGAAUGAAGAACCCUCAAGCAAUCAUAUUCCACAUGGGAAAGAACAAGUCAAACGAGGUGGUGAUGCGGGAAUGCCUGGAAUAGAAGAGAAUGACCUUGCAAAAGUUGAAGAUCUUCCUACCACUUUAAAGAAACCCUCUAUUUCUGUUGCUCAGUAUGAAAGUCAUCAAGCAAUCUCCCAUAUUCCAACUGGACAACCUCUCUCCCCAAAUAUGGUUCCAGAUUCUCAUGGACACCACAAUGGAAAUCCUGGAACUUCAAAGCAGAACCCUUCCAAUCCUCUUCAGCGUUUAAUUCCAGGCCCGAACUUGGAAAGUAUACCCAGAAUUCAAGCAGAUAUACUAAAGCAGGCUACCAAGGAUAGAGUCGGUGAUUUCCAUAAGUUGAAGCAAAGCCGAUUCUUUGAUGAGAAUGAAUCCCCUGUUGAUCCGCAGCAUGGCUCUAAACUGGCGGAUUAUAAUGGGGAUGAUGGUAACGUAGGUGAGUACGAGGCAGACAAGCAGGCUGAGCUGGCUUACAAUGAGGAAGAAGAUGGUGAUGGUGGAGAGGAAGACGUCCAAGAUGAUGAGGAACGAGAACUUCAAAUGGAUCCUGCAGACUAUGGAAAACAACGUUUCAAUGACGUUCUUUAAGCCCUAAAGGAAAACUUCAGAAAACCUAAAGUGCUGUAAAAUGGAAUGAUUUCUACUUUGUUGUUUCUGACUUUUGUUGUAAAGAUCAGUUGUAUCAGUUGUAAAGAUACAUUGAGAUAGAUUUAAGGAAAAAUUUUAAUGAAGAAAUGUACCCAUGUACAUAUGUGAACUUUUUCAUAUUGUAUUAUUAAAGCAGAGAUUUUUUUGUUAUAUUACAGUUGAGCCAAAAACAAAGUAAGCAAAACUGUAAUCUUUGCAUUUAAAAUGAACUAAUGUAUAUUUUACAUUUUAUUGAGCCUAAUUCUUUCCACAAAUGGACAAAUAGUAAAAAUUGGUUGUACGGUUUAUAUGUUGCACAUAGCAUAACCCCAGUGAGAACAGUUAUUCAACUGAAAAACUUUUUAUACACUAAUAUAUUCUUGUUAGCCCAACAGGUGUUCUGUUCUAUCUACCCCUCAUCUCAUGCUCUUCAUGGAGUUAUAUCUAGUCACAUAAAAGAGGGGUUGGAACCUGGAAGCCAAACACUGGGCAGCAUGUGUGCAAAAUCAUUUCCCUACUCCUUUUAUUUUACAUGAAUGCCGAUGUGGAUUGGCAGAUUAACUUUUAGCUGAGGCCUGAUGGAAGUUGAGGUAACCUGCAAAGACAUAACAAUAUUUAUGAGUUAUACCUUACUUAGUUCAUGAAAUUGUGAAAUGCAUGAUUGACAAUAUCUUUUCAAUUUUUAUUUUUUUCACAUAAUACUGGUACUGUUUAACGAUAACCAUCACUGGCUAAAUUUUUUAUAUUUUCAGAGUCCAAGUUGGUGAAAAUAUUCAUGAUUUAAAUGCCAGAUUCUGAAAGAAGCUAAAUCAACUUCAAAAUGAAUCUGCAAUCAGCAUUUCAAAGCUUCUCUGGUAGUUUUAGUGAUCUUAUUUGACUAGAAUUUUUCAGAAGUACUAUAAGGAGUUUUAACAGAUUUUUAUUAACACACAAAUAAGUAGAAGUGCAGUGAGGUCUACAACUGUUUUAUUAAAAUAGCUUAAGAGUUUGUAAUAGAGAUGAAGAAUCUUUGUAAUUAAUAUGUUAAGAACCCAUAAGCCUCAUAUUUGCUAGACUUACAGAAUUAUUUUAAAUGCAUUUGUCUUUUUUGACACUAUUCUGGAGAAUGCUUAAGCUAGUUAAUCCCUGUUUUCAGAUUUAAAUCUUUUAAAUCUUAUCCCCCCCCAAAAUAAAAGGUUUUGAUCACAAGGAGACAUUUAAGGUUGUUAACUCUGUUUUUCAGAAGGACUACUGUUAAUUGCACAUAAACAUGAAAUGGUUUUUUUUUUCCCCCUUGUGCUCAGGUUCUAAUCAAAAUUCAAACUUACAGAGGUAAAAAAAGCUGUUCAUUUAUUUGAAGUGCAAAAAUUCUUAGACUUCAGUUUGAAAUUAUUUAAUGACCAGGAAAAGAUACAGUGAUUUACUAAAAUUGUUAUUUCUACCAAAUCAAAAUGGCAAUUUAUGCCUUUGCUGAGUAUAUCAGGCCUAUAAUGAAUAGGUAUAAUAGUUCACAGAAUUUUUUAAAAUGGAGUUAAAGGGAAUUGACGUACACCUUUUGGGCAUUAGAGUGGGAAGAUGAAUCUAAAACAUACUUCUAGUAAUACUUUAUAUUUAAUACUGUAAAAUCUUUACAAAUGAAAACCAUGAAAUUUCCUGCCUUAGUUCCUUUGUCAUAAGAACAAUCACUUAAUUAUAUGGUAGCUAUUACUUAUAUAGCAAAAUUUCUUCAAUUAGCAGUCUAGAAAUUUUAUAAACUGAGAGAUCUUGGACCAAUUGAUAAUGUUUCUGACUGUAUUAACAUUUUAGUGCUAUAAAAUACUAUGUGAAUCUUAAAAUUCUGACAUUCUACAGUCUGUAUUAGACAUGCUGUUUUUUAUAAUAUUUUACUUCUGCCUUAAGAUUUAGGUUUUUUAAAUGUAUUUUUGCCCGGAAUUAAGUGUUAAUUUGAUGGAAACUCUGCUUUUAAAAUCAUCACUUAACUGGGUUCUAAUAAAUUAAAAUUAAACUUG